AUGGACCCACACCGUUCCGUCAAAUGGUCCGAAUACGUCUGUCUCCAAGGGCCAACCAAGGGCAAUAGGUCAGUCUGCACCGACGUCUCAGGGAAAAGGAUAGGAUGCCAAGAAACCCUCUUCGUCAAGUACGGCCUUAUCGCUCUCAUCGAAGCCAAGAAAGCCGCGCUCGUUGUCGUCGCCCACGACGUCGAUUCCAUUGAGCUCAUCGUUUUCCUCCCUGCGGUGAGCCGCAAGAUGGGCGUUCCCUACGUCAUCCCGAAGGUUAAAUGUCGUCUCGAGACUGUUGUGCACAAGAAGACGGCUGCUCUUGUCGAUCUUCAGGAAGUACAGAUUGUCUCUUUUUUUGAAGGUCGGUGGACCACGCGAUGUGACAGUUCAUCGCUCGGAAAUAGGAAUACAAGACGACCGUGCCUACCUCAUCGCCGAUACCGACGCCUUCUACACACCGACACCGGACGAACGUGGAUCCGGUCCAAAGCCCUGACUCCACCAAACACCUUCGCAGCCCAAGUCACUGUCCACUUCCACCCGAACAUCGACAACCUCCUCUGGACAGGCAACAGAGGCUGCUCGGCCCAGGCGCAAAGCUGUCAUGCAGAAGCCCAAGUGUACUCCAGGGAUAACGGGCGGAAGUAG